GGGUCGGCUGUCGUUAUCAACUACUUCUCAGGAACGCAGACACUUGCUUCUUUUCAAAGCGACCGAGCGUUACAGAUAUUUUCUGCAGCUGCUCCCAGAACGAUCGAAAAGACGAUCAAGUCGCAUCAAGGCUGCUAUAUGAGAGGCAACGCAGUGUUAUGUGUGUAGCGUCUUGACUCAACGCCGAAGACCGAGGGAGAGUGGUAGUGUGCACUUCACCUACUGUAGCUAUGCAUGAACGUUUUGUUACUUAUAUAGGUCACCGGGGUGAUUCUAUUCGCCUACAUCUUUUCUUCAGGAUGUCGCCCAGUCUGCUACAGACUGCGCUCACAUCCAGUCUGAGGGAUUCUCUCCUCACGGUGGCAGCGUUGAGCUUGACUACCCAUUAUAUUUACAACCGAUGGGAGCCUACCAAUGUCACAUUCCAGUUUUUCCUACUCGCAGUCGUUCCUUUGGUGUUGUCGAUCUUUGUCGGCACGCAUGUUUCUAUUCUUGCAGCGGUUCCCUUGACAUUCCUCACAUAUUACGCCACACUCUGCACCUCCGUUGUGCUCUACCGUCUCUCACCAUUUCACCCUCUCGCUCGAUACCCUGGUCCUAUUCCAUGCAAGAUCAGUCAGUUUUGGAUGACCAACAUUUCCAUGAAGGGAAAAAGGCAUCUUUACAUCCAACGACUUCACGAGAAGUAUGGUGAUAUCGUUCGGAUCGGUCCUAACGAGGUGUCCAUACGUGACCCCUCUGCUAUCAACCCUUUGAUGGGUACAAACGGUUGGCCCAAGGGUCCCAAUUUCCUUGGGCGCUCGAUGGGGCCGCAACCCAUGCAGGCCAUGAUCAUGAUUCGUAACACAGCGGAACAUCACCGCCGACGCAGACCCUGGAACAGAGCUUUCAGCACCGCUGCGUUGAAAGAGUACGAACCAUUGGUCGCGAAGCGCGUGAAUCAACUCGUCGAAAAGAUAGCUUCCGACAAGGGUGUGGUCGACAUCGCCAAAUAUAUUGGCUACUUCACUUACGACUUCAUGGGUGAUAUGGCUUUCGGUGGCUGGUAUGAAAUGUUGCGUGAUGGUGACGCAGAUGGUCGAUGGAAAGCCAUGGAGGACAGCUUGCGCGCAACCGUCUUCCUUGAGCAUAUCCCGUGGAUUACUUACUGGAUGCAGAAGUUGGGUGUCGGCGCUGAGGUGAUCCAGAAGCAGCGUUCUUUUGCCCUUGCGCGUGCGGAUGAGCGGUACAAGCAAGGGUCUAAGACCAAGGAUCUCUUCUACUACCUCAACAACGAUGACGGUGCCGAGCCCGAACCCCCCGCAAAGGCGCAGGUCAUCUCAGACGGUAAUCUUGCCAUUAUCGCUGGUUCCGAUACUACUGCUAGCGUUCUGGCCAACAUUAUCUAUUAUCUUCUCCGCGAGCCGACGGCAUACAAGAGGUUGCAACAAGAAGUCGACCUUUACUACCCGCCUGGUGAGGAUGCCACUGAAACUAAGAAUCACACUAAAAUGGUGUUCCUCGAGGCCGUGAUUAAUGAGGCUUUGCGAUUGCUUCCUGCUGUUCCAAGUGGUAGUCAGCGAGCGGCCUACCCCGGUUCAGGAGGCAAGGCUAUUGGACCUUACUAUCUUCCCGAAGGUACUCAUGCUCGGAUCCACUUCUACUCCGUCCAACGCGACCCUCGAAACUUCUCUCCCCAUCCCGAAUCAUUCUGGCCUGAUCGAUGGAUCGUUGCCGAAGGUGAUAUACCUGCUCCUAAGGACUUCAAACAUAACCCAGCUGCAUUCACCCCUUUCUCAUUCGGACCUUACAACUGCGUCGGCAAGAACCUUGCGUUGCAGGAAAUGCGUACUGUUCUGUGUAGCUUUUUGCAGAACUUGGAUUUGCGUUUCGCGGAUGGGUAUGAUCCGGAGGAUUGGAUUCGGGAUAUCGAGGAUAUGUUCGUUGUGAAGAAGGGACGGUUGCCUGUUAUUGCUACCAGGCGUACUCACCAUUCGUGAUACUUCAUUACCACUACUAGUUCUUUGCGCACUCUCGUUACUUACACUGGUCUUUGGAAGGAAUGUCAUUCGUAUUCCUAUUUCAGUAAAACUUCUCCGAUGAUCAUGGCCAACGAUAGGGCGAGUCGAAGUCAGGAAAGCUGCAUUCUCUUUCAGGAAAUACCUCGAAGAGUACCAUAAUUACUCCGCCCCUGUAUCUCCAUUACUGCUUUCACCGCCGGCCAAGCCAUUCAUCGCCCUUUUCAACUUCCAGAUUUCUGUCGUACGCCUGACUUGCCUUUAGUCGGCUUCGCACUUAAAACGGUCAUUUCUGAAACGUCGGGACCGACUGGACUAGCCGGGUU